GCGGCGGAGAGCGCGCGGAGCCGCGCCGGGGGCGGCGGGAGGGCGAGCGGCGCGGCGGGCAGCCCGUCCGGUGCGGCGCUGCGGCCCCGGCCGCGUCCGGAGGGAAAAGUUGCGGCGGCUCCGGAGCCGGGCGGGCGCUGCACCCGCGGGGGGCGGCAAGGGCCGGACGACCUCCGGCCAAGCGCCCUUUUGUUCGCCGCAGCCCGGAGAGGCGGCGACCCGGCGGUGCCCGAGCCGGCGGGGCCCUGCGGAGCGCGGCUGGGCGUGGCUGGCGGGCGGGCAGACAGACAGACAGCCGGGCGCUUGUCCGCCGCCGAGCACCGCUCCGCCGGUAUGUCGAGGAACUUGCUAGAACUGAGUUUGACAAUGAAGCGCUAGCGCAGCCCUCCCGCCUGCCUGGCCGCGCCGCCAAGGUAAGUUUUUUCCUGAGCGGCGGGGGCGGAUGGCCCCCCGGUGCCCCCUGUGCCUGCAGGCAGAGGAGCGGGAAGGUCCCGGCUUCACUUCUCCAGAUCAAACCUUCCUCCUUUGAGUGGUGUUUGCUUUAAUGCUGUUCAUCUUUCUGCAAAGGCAUGGCUUCGUUCUGCGGAUGUACCGCGACCGGUGUGGUUAGCGGCUGGGGAUGUAGUAAAAGUAUUUAUACUUGCAAAUAAUAAUGGGAUGGUUAGUGGGAGAAUUUGGUACAGGGCACCCUAAAAAACAUCUUACCAGGCAAAUAAGCGCCACUUUUUUAUGUCUUUUAACUGGAGUUAUUUUGUAAAAAGCACUUGUAGUUACUUGAGGAGUUCAGCUAUUGUUUGCAAAUUGUUAUAAUGAGUGGCUAUGUAUUUUUAUUAAAAUAUCACUAAAUUUGUGCUGUGCUUCAAAGCCCAAUGGUUUUUUUCAUGUUCAGGAGAAAAGGGAUGCUGAAGAUAACAUCUAAGUAUGAUUUGAAAACCUUCAAUUACUACACACUAGAUACUUGAAAGCUGUUGUGCUUCUCUCUUAAUGUAAAAGAGCCUUUGCCCUAAAACUGAAAGAUUAAGAGAAAUGUAUUUUGUCCUGGUGCUUGCAAGAUGCUUAAUCAGCAGCCGACUUUUUGCAUCAGGUUGGUGCUUGUUCAGGCUGUUCUGUUGAGCAUCUCGAGCACACCUGCUCAUCUCUACACUGUGAGACCGCAUCUUAGUGAUGGUUAGAGAGCUGGCUUGAAAUUGUGAGAGACUUAGGUCGGAAAGGUCGACCUGGAUGAAGGCACGUUUGCAUAACUUUCCAGCUUGCCACAGAGUUCCUUGAGGGGACAUCAGAUAAGUCUUUACCGGCACUUACCAAUGGGAGAAAAUGCAAUUUGAAGUCUCUUUGGUUAAGAAUGGACCUUUUCAAAGUAAAAGCAAAUGAGUACUUUUAGGAUUUAAAGUUUGUGUUGUUUUGUUUUUCUUUUUUGACUGAACGUCUGACCUCUUUUCAGACUAGACAUGACAUGCCCUGUUUUUAUUGCAGAGAGAAGGAGAACAACUCGAAAGCUUUAUUUGCAAAACUUGGACUUUAGAUGCAGUAAAAGUAAUCAAAAUAGCAGAACUGUUUCUGUUACCUGUCCCUCCUUUGAUGUUUCCUCUUUCUAGGUUCCUCUUACAGAACAAGCCUCCCUCCCCCAGUGGCAAAAAUUGUUCUGAGUUGGGUCUGACUGUAGGUCUUUUUUUGUUAUAUUUGUGUUACGUACAUGUAGCAGAUACUCACAAAGGUUUGCUAGAGAACUGAUGUAGGAACAUAUGCAGUGGCAUUUAUUGGCAAGGAUGCGUGUUCAUUUGGGAUCUCAUUAAAACCAUGGAAAUCUGCUGUGAAUGUAAGAGCCUGGGAUAGAUAGGUCUCAGUGUAGUGGUAGAAUAAACCCAGCUGUUUUCUUCUCUGCGGUUCUGUGCACUUCCUCUCAGCGGCAGAAAAUCAGGAAGUUUGUGUUUGGGAUUUAUUGGGAUACCUGGGAUUGUUGUGGGCUUUUUGUUUUGAUUUUUAAAAUAUGUGUAUUUUUCAUAGACCUGGAUGAUUCGCUUGUGGAGAAGCAUUUAUAUGACACCUUCUUAUCUACAAUUGAGUAUUAUUUUUACCUGUACAAUUUUAUAUGUAUAUACACAUGGGCAGAGUCACAUGUGCAUGGUCACUGUAGUAGCUACCACAUGCUGAAUGCUGUAGAGCAUUUUCCCCAAGAGCUUGCUGCAGCUGGCCUGGGGGAUGUCUUGACUGGUGACCUCAGCUCCUAGCUAGUGUGUUGGCAAGUGUCCAAGGACAUGGUGAAAAUGGCUGGAUUUGGUAGACCUGACGGGGAGAAGUGAAGCUAAACCCUGUACAAGCUGACUUGAGUUUGAAACACUCCUGCAGUGUUCCUUGUGGUCUGUUUAGGUAGCUUAUUUCAAUCUUUGUAAUUGAUUUCUGACUAUCAUGCCCCAGUGGGUGAGAAACGGGGCAUGGUGCCUGCAUAUUUUUGGUUAGCUUGGCAAGACAUGGGAUGCAUCUGGAAAAGGAAUGUGCACCCAUUUCUGUUGUGCAUCUUUUAUCAUCCAUGGGUGGAAAUGUCAUGUAAACAUCUGUUUCUGUGGUUUGUCUUCCUCCCUUAGUGCCUAGAAGUCUCCUUCAGAAGUUGGUAUGUGCUUUGGGGGGCUAUUACUUGAAUGGGUUUGAUGGUGUAGUGUUACGACCACUCUUCAGAAAAUCCCAGGCAAUUUGAUAGCAAAGAAUGUUGUAUUCAACCGAAAUAUAAAAGUUAAUAUUGAGUUAAGUAUAGAUAUCUUUCUCUCAAUGCAUUUUAUAACCAAAAAUUUACUGUUUUGACUGGAUCAGUGGUAGUGUUAUGUUUUAGUUGUUGACUUCUUUCAUUAUGGACAAAAAUGGACUGAGCCAAAACUUGCUAUUUGCACAUGUUGCUUAAUCUCUCUGCUCCCACAAUUUUUGUGGGAGCUAUAGCUAAGGGGACUUGGGGGCUUUUGGAUUCUACAGAGAGGGGAACCUCUGAAAUUGUGUGGUGUUUCUCUUUUCUGAAGAUUUGAAGUGCCUGUAACGCUCAAGGCUUCAUGUAAUUGGAGACAUAAAUACAAUUUUUACAUACUUUACUUAAAAUGGAAACUAACAAGUUAAUAAUAGCUCUUAUCGGGGGUAUUUAUGUAAUGGAAGCCAACAGAUGCUAUUUGCAUCUUGAAGAGCUGAUGUACAAAAUGUUAUGUCAAGGCCCUGGCAGGUUUUUGCUGGUGGAGGCUGGGUCAGGUGGGAGUGGGAGAUCUGGAGAGCUUGAUGGCACCUCUGAAAAGUGAGAUAACUGUAUGAAAUUUUGCCUUUUAGCACAUAGCUUAUUUUAAUCUAAUGCUGCUAAUAAAAAGAAUAGAGUUUUGAUUUGAGAAUUGAGUUCUUUUAUAUUUAUUCAUGUUAAAUUAUCAAUUACACCUGUCACUUUGAAAGUACUUUUCUUUAUGCUAUUUUCCAGCUACAACUGCAUGUCUGAUGUUCAGAAGCCCUAAAAAUUGUUUCUAUAGGUACUAUUUUUAUUGAUACUUCAACUUAUUUUGACUACAAGAAGGUAUCUGGUAAAUAAUUUUCAGAAAUGUAAUGUGACAAACCACCGGGUGUUGCUUUCUGUGGAAAGAUGUUGAUGUAAUUACCAAGCACCUCCCUGUUUCCCUGGGCUGUUCACUCUUUCUUGUUCAUUUGCUUCCAAGUUACCCUUUUCUAGAUGACAUCUGAAUUUUUCCAACAUUUAAUAUCUUAUUUCAGUGUGUAGGAGACCAAGAAUUUAGGGAUUAGAGCAGUCUGGGAUGCAUGAUCUUGGACCUAAGGAAAGCUCCUACGUUUGUAGAGCUGUAAUGCAGGCUUUACUCGGGUUUAAAGGAAUGGAAGAGACCCCAAGCUGUGAGCAUGACUGCGGAGGCUCCACUGGCACUUGCUUAGUCGCCCUCUUCAGAGAAGCAGGAGAAGGUGGGAGGAUAAGCUCGUGACUGCUGAUGCUAUUUGUUAUAACUUUCUCCUGGAUUAAAUACUGGCGUGCUUGCCUUAGCUUGUUAAACUUUGUUUGAAAACUUCGGAGUGCUUUUCUUCUUCAAAGUACACCUGUUACAGGCUUAGAUUAAAGAGUUGUGCUUCCUGAUUAUUGAAUUGAAUGGCGAACAUAACAAAUCGUGUUGUUAAUGUCUCUUUGUGUUUUAAUUAGAGCUCUACGAGAUGUUAAAAAACUGGUUUAUGCCACAUGCCUGACUGGUUGCUAAACUGAAUAUGCUUGUCACACAGUCUUGGGGGAAUGAUGUAUUAUUUUGCUAAUCUACUGUUCUGGGCUUCCCCCAGCCUCCUUUCUUUGCUUUUUCCUUUUUUGCCACCUUGCUCUAAAAAGUUAUUCCUGAAUAUUUUCUGAGGGUUUGUCUUACCUGCCUAAAGCUCCUGACUGUUGAUAGCCUUUGCUGGUGAAAGGCUCGGGCUCUUGCUCGUGUCUUAAAGAGCAGUUUCAUGCCUGCACAAGUGGUUUGGUGCACAGCUUCCGACAGUUAGUGUAGUGCAGUGCGUGAGUAGAGGCUGGGAUGCCUGAGAUCCUCCAUGGGGGGGGUGAUACCCCACACACCAGGAGCUGCAAAGUGAAACAACUGACCAGGAACAUUUAUUGGAAGUAGGUAAUUUUGUUUGACAGUGUUAUGAAGAGUUUUCCAAGCUGUGUUUUAUUUUCAGGUAGAUCUUGUUUUAGAAUAUGCUGUUGGGUUGAUGACAGAAUAAUGAGAGGAGAUCUGCCUAGAAGAAGUUCUGCCUGGGUGCUGUCUCUCAAUUGUGCUAUAUAGUUUAUCAUGUAGUAUUGAAUGACUGAAAUUCUUUAAAUCUGUAGAUAAAUUAUGGAUUUACUACAAGUGCUAGACAAGAACUACAGUAACAUGGCUGUUCACAAGCCCUUGAAAACCAUAACUGAACUAUGAGCUUUCAUUCAUACUUAAAAAUGUAAGUCUUGGUUAACAGACUAGACAGUUUUUAAAUAAUGAUUCCUCUAUAGACUGUGGUGGUAUUCAGAAAAUUGCUACCUUUAGUGUGCAAAUAUUUAAAUCUUCCCCUACAUAUAAAAUGUAGCAGAAUUAUAAGGUUUUAUUUUCUAUCUGCUGACAUGUCAGAAAACCUGACAUCUUGUACCACUGGAUACACAAGUGUAUCGGAGAAAUGUCUACCCUGUCAAGGGAGGAAACAAAUGUCCCUGGUGGGACUCGUUGUGUUUAAUUCUCUUUAUUUGUUCUGCCUUUAACUGCUUGUACUUAUUUAACAUUUUUUCAGUGUUAAUUUGCAAGCUUCGAUAUGAAAGUGGCUGUAGAGGACUCAUCAUAGGAAAUAGUGUCCAUGUCCUGUACAGGUUUUGGCUUUAAUGAAAAAACAAGCCAACCGAGGACCUUGUGGAGCUGAAAUACUCAGUAUGUGAGUGCAUUAGGGACACACAGGAAAAUGUUAGGCUCAGCAAUUAUCUGGUCAGGAAGAGCCUCAGCAGAGAGGUAGGACUAAUGCCUCUCCCACUUUUAUUAAUACUUGCAUAGAAAGAGCAGUAAUAAAGUGGUGCUCUUCUUCCUGCUUUCAUACUAAUAGACUCUUUUCCCAGCAGGAAAAUAGUGACUGAAAUAGUGAUAAUGAGUGAUUACUGUGCAGUGCAAUGUAAACUUGUUAGAUGUUGUUUGAUAGGAGGGAGGAUAAAAAUGCUAAUUUCAAGCACAGAUAACAGUUUUUUAUGGUAGGUUUGUUUUUGUUUUUGUUUUUUUUUUUUUUGUUUGUUUUGUUUUGUUUUUUUCCCCAAGAACUGCUGACCAGAGCUCUGAAAAAGAAAGGGGUACUGCUUGUCAGUGUUGCUGCUAUGCUUUGACAUCAUUAACCUUUUCUGGGGGAGUUCCAGCAACUCUUUGCCUAAUUCAAGAGCAGUUGUGUUUUUUUACUAAAAUCAAAUUGCCUGUCAUUUAAGUAACUGAAAGGGAGAUACUUAAACCUGAUAAUGAAGUUGCAGCCUUCCUUAUGUUAACAAUGUAAUCAUUUCCAUUGCAGCAUGAAAUGAGCAAUCUUGAGAAGUAAGUGAAGCAUUUUGCUCAACAAAUUUGAACUUGUAGCUCUGCAACAGAGCAUGCUAGGAGUGAGGGAGGAACCAAAAAGUUGAUCUUAAGGUGCAUGUUUAUGAACAACAAUAUUGUAAUGGCUGUUGGCAUACCUAGGAAGUAAAAUUCACUUCUUGUGGUACUGAUUCUUUUAUGGAAGAUAUUUUUUCAAAAUAUUAUGUCUGUAUAACAGAUACUAAUUUUCUUCACUUUCUUUGGUUAGUGCUUGUUCACUUUUUUGGGCAGAAGAAGAAGAUGGAAAAACCUGUGGGAUGAAAUAAUUCCAUAUUUUUAUCUAAAUAGAAAUGAUGCAAAAUGGUUUUGUAUGCCCUUUGCAACUGGUAUCCAUAAAUUCAGGCGGUUUCAUUUUGAUUCUUGUAGUUUUGUAAUUUUAAUGAUUCAUACUAAAAUUUCCAGUGAUAUUUUAUGAAAAUUGUGAAAGCUGUUCUUUAUUUAGGUAUUUUUCAGAUGCCUAAGUUUGCUCAAGUUAGUUGUAAACAUAUUUUUGAUCCAAAUACUUACAUAGAUACCUAGCUUACAAAGAGUUUACUUAAAAUGGCAACUGAAUGACAUUUUACUGGUGACUGGCAGGUUACAUUCAUGUGUGUUUUUGCAGUUUUGAUGGAGAUCUGACUUGCCUUGUUUGGUUGUGUACACCUAUACAGAGACAGAAUAUCUGUGGUAUAAUACUGUAGAAAAUGGGACUUUGCUCUGAGCUCCAAGAAAGAGGAGGCUAAACUUUGUUUCAGUACUUAGUGUUCUUAGUAGUCUUUCCUCUGUUGCUUAAAACUGAAUAUAUAUGGAUCUGAUGCAUGAUGUUUUCAUUUUUCUUCUUCUGUUAAUGCCAUAAGACUUCAGAAGGUGGGACAUAAGUUAUUAGAAAGCUUACACUCCUGCCAAUCAGCUCAGUAUCAGUCAGAGCCCUGUGACUCCCAUUACGUGGAUUAAACUGGCUUAAGUGCUGUCUUAGAUCCUUUGUUUGGCAUCUUCUAUGUACUUGUUCUAGAUUUUUCAGGAGCCUCUAUAUGUAACAGCAGAAGGGAUGUGGACUAAUUUAGGUUACAGAAAUCUAGUAGCUUUUGCAGGUGCCAUUUCAUUCUCUAACAUUAUUGAACUACUUUUUUUUCUGUGUUCACUUCUGUGUGCUUGACUUCUACAUUUGGAUCAGUCCAUUUGUCAAGUAUGAAUGGGUUAAGAGUUGGAAAAAAAUGUCUGAAGAAACUUAAGGGAAAUAGUAAAGCCUCAAUUGCAGAUGAGAACUUGAACAUCAUUUGUAGUUCUUACUUAUCUCUCUCAGCCAUCCAUGUCUUUGAUGCAUUUGUAGUCUCCCUUUGGCCGUCCCUUCUUCUUUUUGACUUAACUUUCCAACGUUUGCCUUAUUAUUGGAGAAAACAGUGUUUCCAGUGAAUGUCUCACAGUCUACUUGGGACCCUAUAAAUCAUCUAGGUAAAAUUUAAUUUGUCUCCUAUACCAGACUACAGACAGUACGGACUUGCAGAUUAUUUGCAGUCAACCUGAAAGUAUUUUGGCAGACUUGUUGGUUUGGUUUUUUGGUUUUUUUUUUUUUGGUGUAAGUUUGCUCAGUCUGAUAAAGGGGGCCUUUUCCUUCUUCAGUGUUUUUUUGUAAGGUUUUAUUUUUCGUGGCUGGUACAUUUGUGGGGGUUUACAUAUGUCUAUGUACAAAAGCAUUAUGCACUGCAAAUUCAAGUUGUAUUUCUAAAAAUUCAUUAAAAGAAGUGUUUGUGAUAUAAAAGUUUUUUCCUGAUGAAUGCUGAUAUUGGUGUGAUGGAUGCCUAUUUAGCUAGUGUUUAACAAAAUCCCUUCUGUGUUAGGUCUGCACAUAGGUAAGUUUUGCUUGGUUAAGGAAGUUAAAUCUGUAUGUUGGACUUAAACACACAUCAGCAAUUGUAUUUACUUUGGUACAGAUAACCAGAGUGUUUCAAAACAAACUUGCUUUUAUAUAGGGAGGAACUGCUAGAAAAAGUGAGACAGUGGUAAAGAAUUGGUUUAGUGGAGUAACUUUUAAAACAUUUUAAUGCAUCCUGGUUACUUGUAUCAAACCCUUUUUUAACCAUUUGCUACCCUAAGGUAAUUUUUUUGUCAAAUUUGCUAUUUUUCUUUCCCUCUUUAAAUAAUUUUAGGGAAUCUAUCCUACGCUCAUUCUAUCAAAGAAGUCAGCUUUCGUAACGGUUUGAAAGUGUUGCUCUGGUGUAACUCUGUUAGAAUGAUCCAAGUGGUCAUGUACACCUAAUUCUGAAGGGGCAUUAGUGUCAGCCUUUGCACAAGGGCUGUACAGGUUGAGCCACCUUCAUUCCUGUACCAGAUUCCUUUGGCCAUAGCAAAGUGUCUUUAGAACUAUCUUUUAGAGGUUUUAAUGUCACAUUAGGGUACUCUGUGUCACCUCUGCCUGUUUGUGGUCUCUUAUCGGUUCACAGGGAUUUAAUCAGUCAGAAUUGUGGAUUUAACUGCAUGAUGGCAAUUCUCAAAGGAGACAAAGCUCAGCUCCUUUGUUUACUUCUGCUUUUGAGCUUUCCAGGUCUGGCAGGAUUAUUGAUGUUUUUGUGCUUAAGGAGCUUGUGAUGUCAUCAGCUGAAGUGAAAACAUCUACCUCAUGACCUGGCAUAGCCCCUGGUAACUGGUACAGCUGCAGUCUGCCCCAUGUCCUGCAGCUGGGCAAGGAUGCGUCAGGAUGAAACGCCACAGGCAUCUAAGCACCAGUGACAGUUCAGACAAUGAGAGUCCUUCCACUUCCUUUUCUUCUUGUUCGAAAUACAGGAGCAAGUCAAAAACACCAGCAAAUGAACAAAAGAAGCCUGCUGAGGUGUUCCGCAAGGAUCUCAUUAGUGCCAUGAAACUCCCAGAUUCUCACCAUGUCAACCCUGAUGAGUAUUACGUCUUUGCGGACACGUGGAAACAAGAAUGGGAGAAAGGGGUUCAGGUUCCAGCCAGUCCAGAAACUAUUCCGCAGCCUUCUCUCAGGGUUGUAGCAGAAAAGGUAAAAGAAGUACUGUAUACACGACCCAGGAAAUACAUCCACUGUUCCAGCCAAGAGCCCACAGAACCAGGUUACAUCAACAUUUUAGAACUAGCAGAAUCUGUGUGUCGCUAUGACUUGGAUGACAUGGACAUCUUUUGGCUCCAGGAACUAAAUGAAGAGCUUACAGAAAUGGGAUGUGGGCUCCUGGAUGAGAACACAAUGGAAAAGACAAUUGAAGUGCUGGAGCGGCACUGCCACGAGAAUAUGAAUCACGCCAUCGAGACCGAGGAAGGGCUGGGUAUCGAGUAUGAUGAGGACGUCAUCUGUGAUGUGUGCCGGUCCCCAGACAGCGAGGAUGGGAAUGACAUGGUGUUCUGUGACAAGUGUAACAUUUGCGUCCAUCAGGCUUGCUAUGGAAUCUUAAAAGUACCUGAAGGGAGCUGGCUGUGUCGCACCUGUGUCUUGGGAAUACAUCCUCAGUGCCUCCUCUGUCCUAAAAGAGGAGGUGCCAUGAAAGCUACCAGGACAGGGACCAAGUGGGCACAUGUGAGCUGUGCUCUUUGGAUUCCAGAGGUUAGUAUUGCUUGCCCAGAAAGGAUGGAGCCAAUCACAAAGGUGUCUCACAUUCCACCAAGUCGAUGGGCUCUAGUGUGUAGUUUAUGCAAACUGAAAACUGGUGCUUGUAUUCAGUGCUCUGUGAAAAGCUGCAUCACUGCCUUUCAUGUCACCUGUGCCUUUGAGCAUAGCUUAGAGAUGAAGACUAUCCUGGAUGAUGGGGAUGAGGUCAAGUUCAAGUCGUACUGUCUAAAGCACAGCAAGAACAAACAGAAUUCGCUGCCUGAUGUUGAGGAGCACCCCAAGAGCGUGUCAGAGCAGAAGCAAACAGAGAGUGAGAAAACGAGCCUGCGAGCCCAAAAACUCCGAGAGCUGGAAGAAGAGUUUUACUCACUAGUAAAAGUGGAGGAUGUUGCAGCAGAGCUGGGCCUUCCUAAACUUGCUGUAGACUUUAUCUACAAUUACUGGAAAUUAAAGCGAAAAAGUAACUUUAACAAACCAUUGUUUCCUCCCAAGGAGGAUGAAGAAAAUGGCUUGGUGCAGCCAAAAGAAGAUAGCAUUCAUACUCGCAUGAGGAUGUUCAUGCAUUUGAGGCAGGACCUAGAGAGGGUAAGAAAUCUCUGCUACAUGGUAAGCAGGAGAGAGAAACUGAAGUUGUCCCACAGUAAAGUACACGAACAGGUCUUCAACUUGCAAGUCCAACUCAUUAAUCAGGAAAUUGCUGCAGGCCAUACCCUGACAAGUGCACUAGAAAACACACUGUUCUACCCACCUCCCAGGAUCACCCUGAAGUUAAAAAUGCCCAAAUCAGCAUUAGGAGACUGCAAAAAUAACUCGCUGAAGCCUGGCAACAGACCGCUUUCUCCUGACAACAACAGCACUGUUUACAGCAAACGGAGUGUGCCAAUGUCAAAGGAAUCAUUUGAAAUUAAAGCAAAAUCUUAUGCCAGGUAUCAGCACGACAGCAGAAGUAAUGGGUUGCUGGCAGGGAUCGGCAAGCCUCGGAGCGAGGCAAAGGAUUCUGGCCCCACGCAGCUGAUGGAGUUUCACCGGGGUCAGCCUUCUGGGAAGCCUUUAGCUCUUCAGGCUGCUUUGCAUGGACAGUCUUCCAUUGGGAACGGGCGGGUGCAGCAGGAGAACUCGAGGCUGGUGUCCAAAUCCAAUGGUCUGAUGGGCAGGGCUGGAGAUGUGAGCCAGAGAGACAGCUCCAGCCAGACGUCCUACGAGCAAGAGUCCGUGCUCACGGCUCACUUGGCCAGCCAGAGUGGAUUCCGAAAAUCCACCAUUGAACAUUUCAGCCGGUCCUUUAAAGAGGCUACCAACAGUCUGGUGAGGACCACGGAAGAUCUCCGGUGCUGUGAAAAGCCAACGAGAAGACUUGCAACAAAAGAUCGCUUGUGGAGCAAGCAGGCACUUGAAGGUGCUCCAUACCAGGACAACGAUGGGUACUGUCCUGACUUAGAGCUAAGUGACUCUGAAGCAGAAAGUGAUGAAAACAAAGAACAAGUGAGGUUAAGACGAAGUAGCUCAGAGAGAGAAAGCCCAAGUAAGGACUUUGGAAGAGACUGUCACAAUAGAAACAAAAAGAAUAUGAUAUCUCACAGUUCGGUACAAAGGUGAUUAGAAGCCCCCAAGGGGUAAUUCAGCCUUUAUGUAUUCCAGUGUACCAGUGCAAAGCUCAGCAUCAAAAGGUUCCAGAAAAUAGUCUAGGACCUAUUUAGGAAGAGCUGCAGUAGGGGAUGGGGGAGGGGAGAGAAAUCAGAGUAGUUUUGUUCAACUGUGAAUUGGUUUGCAGUCUUUGCAAGGUUCGGUCAGUUAUCCACAAAAUCGUGUGGAGAUUGUGUGUUUUAUCAGAGGGUAACAUCUGGGAGAGCACAAAGUGGUUAAUUGUGCAAAAAUUCAGGAAACUGCUUCCCCCUUGCCAGCUUAAGUGCAAGGCACCGUGUUCAUGUAGAGGCAGUCUUGUGGUGGUGGACAGGUUUUGAAGAAGUCCUUGCAUUGCUGUUAAGGUGUUGCAAGAGACUGCAAACACUGAAACUGCGUUGUUAUGGCACCUGCAGUAUGGCUUUGAUCCAGCAAUGCACUUGCGGAUGUGUUAGGAAGUUAAGCAGUGAAAAGUCCUGCUGGUUUCCCCCGGGAACGUUUGUGCUCAGCUAUCUGAUCACAUGCCGGUGUGCUCUGCUGGAUCAGGCCCAAAGUGACUACUAAGUGAUGAUCCCCUUCUGCAGGAGGCUUUGAACUGCAGUGGCGUUUGCAGGCUCCCUGCGGAGGGCGGAAGCAGGCGUUGCUGGCGCUGCCAAACUCGCUGACCUCUAGACGUGCCCCCCAUUCCCUGCUUUUGCUGAAGGUUGUGUUUCUCUUCACAAUAAUUCGCUUAUUUUGUAAAUAUACAACUUCUAGUACUUCAGUUUUUUAAUCUCUGUACAUAGAUGCUUGUUGUGGGAUGCACUUGUAAAUAUUUUACCCAGCUAACAAGUACAGAUGGCUAAUUUUGUGGAUAGUGUUUACAAAAGUAGAAGUACUACUUCAAAGAAAAAUGCUAUUUGACACUUACAUUUAGGCAAUCACCGGUGAUGCCAGGUUCCUCUUGAAACUGAGAUUUCAUACCCAGAGGUGUUUUUACCUGGUGUUUUUAAAGUCAACUGAAUUAGAAAUAAUUUUAGCUGAAUUUUUUUUUCAGGUGCAAAUUUUCAACCCUAGUUGCCUGAACACAGGCAUAGGAGUCUUCUGGCAUCUAGGUCUGUAAAAUUUUAGCCAGUCAUCAUUCUAGAGUAUGAUGGUUUAAUUAAAGAGGUUUUUUUAAUUCCUGAAAAUCUACUAUUUUAUUACGCUGCUUUUCAACCUCUGGAUCAGUUGCUGUUUCCCAGUCUAACACAUUUUUUGUAUGUCCUUUAAAAUCAGCAGUUGUUAAAUAAUGAUUAAAUUUCAGCCAGUAAUGACUGAGGAGUUGAGAAGGGAAGGGAAUGAAUCCCUUUCUGUUUGUUUCAAAGACAGGGGAUUUUCAUUUGAAUGCAAACUAACUUGUUUUACAGAUGGUGUUGUGUUGAUCAACAAAGCUACUGCACUAUUUUUGUCUGAAAUGCUGUACAUUUCAUAAACACGCAACAUCCUCUGUCCCCCCAUCACUGGCUGAAAGGACCCACAGGUUGUGCAGGGCACCUUGUACAGAUCUGUUGAGGGUUCAGUUUUGUCUACAAACAAAAAGAUGUUCCCCCCACAGUGUGAAGAUGACUAUGCAGGAUGUGAACAGCAACUCAGUUUCGCUUCAUAGUUUUAAUUUAUUGCUUUUAGGUUGGGAAAUGGCAACGACAUUUUUAGAUUUGUUUUAAACUUUGAAAUCUCCCUAGUUGCAAUAGGACUAGCAGGUCAGGGGCUGGAGGACUCUUCAGUAGUGAAAUCAUUUUUAAAAAGUAUACUUGGCCAAUCUGCUCUGUUUGCUUCAUGCAUUUUUUUUUAUUUUAUUUUUUUUCUUCUUGAUUUUAUGUAUAUUUGUGUAAUUGAUCUUUCUAGAGCUGUAUCUUCAAAAUUAUUUCUUUUGGUGUAAAUAUGCAGUAGCAAUUUAGGUUUCCACAUAUUUUAUUUUUAUGGGAAAUGCUUUGUGUUCUAAGCCAUGGGUCAUUCAGAAUAAGUAAACAAAUGUCUGUUCAUUUGUAUUCUGGUUCUGAUUCUCUUAGUUCUCCUUCAAUAUUUAUUAGUAAUCCUCUCUCACUGGCCAUGAAAUUUUAUGAAGCUUUUAUUGGGAACACUUAUCUGGGAGGUCAGCAAAGUGUUCAUGUUAUUUUGUGGCUGGAAGCAUAUGACAGAAGAGAGGGAAAAUGGUGCUUCAGCAAAACUCAGCAUUUCUGCUCUUCUGGGGUUAUCAAUUCAGUUGUUUCCAGUCUGGGCAAUGGUUUUGCUAAUUUUUACAUGAUUUUAAUAGACAUAUGAAGGAGCCCUUGGUUAUGUAGUUCUCAAGUAUUGUCCCCAAAGUGCAUUUGCUAGUUUUUAUUGUGCGUUCGGUGGCUAACUGUUUGAAGUAUUACCUCUUAACCUUAUUUGUCAAUUUUUUGUUGUGUUUUUGCAUUUUGUUUUAUAUAUAUAAAUAUAUAUAUAUUCAAUUUUCCAAGAUGGACUCGGUCUUUUUCAGAUGUCCCCUUUUUACAAGUACUUUUUCAUUAAAUUAUGAAACUGCUAACAAUAUUUUCAUUUGUUGUGAUUUAUUCAGGGCUUUACCCUCUGUGUCUGGCAGGUUGUAAAACUCAUCAGUACUGUGUCCAUCGGGAGUAAAUUAUUUCUGCCGAUUUGGCAAUACUUUAACAAGUUAAGUAUCCAGGAAAACCCUUUCCCUUCAGCCUCCCAAAAAAGAGUCGCUGAGCACUAAUUUGCUGUGUAUAGCAAAUAGUGCAAGCCUGGCUUUUGUUUCUGCCUAGCUGAGCAGAUGUAACAGACCGUUUGCUGCCCUGGCCUCAUUUUUCAAUGUAUUUGCUUAUGCUGUAAUAUGGCUGGUUUUCCCUGGUCGGGCAAAGUGAGUUAUAGAGGAAGAGCUGUAGCCAGCCCUUCUGUGAUCCCUCUUCUUGUACCCCGCGGACGUGCACAGCUGAACACCCCCCAGUCUGCCUGCAAAGGACACAGUGGGGCCACAUGGGUUUUACCCGACCUUCUGCUGUAGUUCCCCCUGCUCCCACAGGCCGGUGCUGUGAGGUACCUUACUGGCACAGAGCAGCUGCUCCCUGGGCUAGAGCAGGGAAGAAGGAAAAAUGAGGAGGUGGAGGGGAAGGUGCUGGGCUAGCUGAUGCCAUAGCAUCCCUCCUGCUCUGACUGGCUCUGCAGCCGGCAGCCUUCGAGAAGGAUGGGAUUUGCAAUGUGGGUGUUGCAGGCAGCAGUGACCCUCCUGCCUGUCUGGCAGCAGCAGAGUGAGUCAAAGCUGAGCAGCCAACAACAUGCUUGUGGACUGGCUUAAGGACUGGAGUGACUGAGCAGGUGGCCCCAGGCAGGCUGGAACUGCAGCUAAGGAAAGCUUGGGUGAAAUGGAGCCCAAAUCCCUCAGCUGAAAAGCAAACAGGAGGUAAAAAAAGGGGAAAAGGCAAUAAAGGUGUAGACAGAAGGGAAGAAAAACCUGCACUAGGAAAAAGCAGUAAGUGUUGGACUGUUUGUUGUUAUUCGGGACCAGGAUUUCUUCUUCCCUAAAGGCAUCUUGCAACAGAUACCAGAAACAGACUUCCUUGUUGUGACUUUCUGACGGGUGGCUUCUAAUUCCCUCUCAACAUACAGUCUGCCUGUGGCUGGGAUGUGGGAAAGACAGGGCCAAGGAAGGAGAUCGGUGUCCCCAUUAAUUUGGAAACAGAUACUAUUGGUUUGUAGAGUCUUUGCAAAUAGCUAAGUGUGCUUACUUGUUGAUGGUAACAUGGUCCAAGGACUAAAGGGGCUGCACAGUGGUUCUGAGCACCAUCAUCUCUGCAUUUGUGUUUCUGCCUUAAAAGAAACGUUUCUCAGUUAUAACUUGUGUAUAUCACUUGUGGAAUGUUUUCUUUGCACCAUGAAUCCCAAACGAUUGAAGGAGAAAUUACAAAUGUUUGGCUAUUAAAUGUAAGCCUGAAACAUUCCCUUGAUUUUGAUGUGGUUGCUCUGAUGACCUGGCCUGGAUGUACAGGCUGUGCUGCAGACGCACGGUGUGGAUCUGAUACCUGGGAGGUAACCAAAGCCUGCCUCUGUGAGCUGCGAAGAUAAUCCAGCGAAACCACUCAUUCUGAUCUUGGGAAUUUGGAUGAUCCCCGCACUUGUAAAGGUUUAGCACUGCAGGGAAUUGACACAUCCAUGAAGAAAAUAUGCUUUUGAUGCGAAUUAAGGAACAAAAGCUGCUUGCACAACCGGGGAGCUUGGCAUGCAAGGGAAAAAUACCGGGGAAGGGCAGAGAUGGAAAACAAUGGAGUGCCUCAAUGCGGCUUCCUUACGAAGAAGUGAAGACACACAGACUUCUGGGCUCUGGUUUCAUGAGAGAUGCCUUGCUACUGCUGCUUCUGAACCUUCCUUUUACACCAGUUUCAUGGCUGAACAGUUUUGUCACUCCUGAGGUGAAACUCUGCGGUAUUCACCUCUUGCAGAGAUGAUUCUGGGAUAGCUGCUGUCAGGCUCUGCUCCUAACCAAGUGAGUGCAUCUAGUGGGAUGUGGCAGGUGGAUUAAAGUGAUUGCAAGCACAGACUUCCGAAAAAAAAUGUUACGUAGCAGUUGGGUAAGUUGUUUGAAAAUAGCGGAUGCGCAUGACAAUUUCUGUUCCUGAAGUUCACCCCUCUGCAGAGAGCUUGGAUAAAUUUGUCUGACCAUGUGGUUGUAGGAGAAGCAGCCUCGCAUAUUUGCUCAUUUAUUUCCCUGCCUCUGUGUAUGCAGCUUCCAGAGAAUCUUUCUUUUUCCUGUAGGCUUCUUUUGUCUGGACAGCCUCCUGGAUCCACCUUGCCCUGCCCUUUCUCUGGGAUUCUUCUUUUGUUUUAGGUUGGGCAGACCCUCCCUGCCUUCCAUUGCUUUCUCAGCAGACUUGGAGCUGGGUAUCUGCCUCACCUUGGCUACUUUAUCUGAUAUACAUUGUUUUAAAUCUAUGGGUAGGUUCCAUAAUGACACCUUCAUGGUUUCUUUUGGCUUAAACAUCCUGAAGACCUUUUUUUUUCUGGUUUCUGUUGUUUUUCCUCGGGUGCUGCUCCACCCACCCUACCCCGAGGAAAGAGCACUGGGGAGCAGGACACAGGUUGUAUUUUGACAGUUCCAUAACAGUUCCAGAGUUGUUCUGCUCAUAAAAUCAGUAGGCCAGUAUCCUGAGCAAGGAUUUAAAACUUAGCUCAACAGCAACAUAAAAGGAAAGUUUUCCAUCGAGAAAUCUCCUGGUCAUCUAAGAGCUCUUGAGGUUAUGACAGACUUCAAGAGUAGUACCUAUAAAAAGAAAAAGUGUUACAUGCCACUUGGGAAAAUUACUCUGGUUAUACCUUGGGGAAUGCAGGCCCUGGUGAGGGAAUGAGUCAUCCGAGGGGGAAAACACCUCUGAACAAGCCCACCCACUUCACCUGAAGCCGUGGUGUCUGGUUGCAUUCCUUUGUAGUUCCUUAUCUCAGAAGGGUGGUGCUGAGUAGUUUGGGAACCCCUGUCACUGGCAUUUUAGGCUCCAUUUGCAUCUGGUUGAAUGGAACCUAACCAAAGCUCUUUCCCUCCUUAAAACUGGCUGAGCUAUUGUUGUGUUGUCUCCUCUAAAAUGAAGUAGGGGCAUUGUUUCAUCUUUUUCCUGAUUAAUCAUUAUACUACAAGCCAGACAUCUCUCCUGGUAAAAGGAAGCAGAGACUGAAAAGCUGGAUGAGCCAGGUGAUGCGAUUAUUAAUAAGAAAGCUGUAGCUUACACUCGUUACAAAUGGCUGGUACAUAAACCAGGCUUCUCAAAUUGUCUGGUUGAACAUCUUAAAUUAAAGCUCUGUGAAGUCACUCUAAAUCUGCAGUUAAUUUGAAAUUUAAUUUUGAUUUGGCCAGAAGAAGGAUUUGCAUGCCUGUAAGCUGCAAACACUGAAAGCACUGUUGCUAGAUCAGUUAUUUGAAUGAAAGAUGCUGCCUUUCCCUCAAGUCCUGGCUCUGUUGCAUGACCUCUGUUGUGACUAUAAUUUUGCAGCUGCUGUGGCACAUAUCAAUGCUCUUUUUUUUUUAUCCUGAGGCAAGCAAAAUGCAAAUCCAGGUCACAUGGGGUACAAAGACCAGAAAAGUAAGGCAUUAAUGAAAAAUGUCUUGGCUGUGCUCCACUGAAGAAUGCUUUCUGAAGCACCCUGUUGCCCAGCUGCUCCCAGUACAGAGCGGAGGUCUGGAGAGGCACAGGCUGGGAACUCCAGAUUUGUGAGGCAGCUUCAAGCAGUGGAAACGUGCACUUGUUGGUGCUCCCAAGACAAAGAAGUUGGAGGUGUAAGCGUGAGAGUGUUCCUGAAGCACUGGGGAGACUGGCUGCAGAGGGAAAGGUCACACAUUUGCUUAAGCAUUGUAAUCUUAAGUGAGAGAUGCUUUUUCAUGAGCCUGUGUCCUGUAAAGAAGGAAUUGUGCUGAAAGAAGUCUGUGUAAUAAACUGUAAUAAGUAACGGGUACGAUUGUAAUUUUUGUGAAAACUGGUUUUUAAAGGCUAAAUACUUCAAUAUGACUUCAUGGUGAUUUGGUGCAAUCCUUUGUAGAAAAGAUUCCCUGUCUGAGAUUCUUAAUCCAUUCUGCAUUAACUAGUGUGACAGUGGUGCUAGACACAUAAAUUAGUCAAUGGGCACAAAUCUGCUGGUGCCACCUUCUCCGAAGCAGACAUUUGCACACAGGAAAAUGGAGUUCUUUGGCAAAUGUUUUAUUAUGUUUAAAUACACAACUGUGAUCAUCCAGACUAGUAAACAAUUGAAACUUCUCAGCAGUUUGAUCUCUCCUGGAGUUACUUGUUGCUUGCUAACAAAUAAAACUUGAUCUGGAUACACAAGCCAAUUCCAAGAAUUACACUUGGCUGCAAACAAGUGCAUGGCAGUGCCAACUCUUCCUUUCCAGUGAACUGAUGGCAGUGACUGAUUUUGUGUUUCUACCUCUGCUCUUGCUCAGUGUUUUUUGCUUGUCCCUUCAUCUGUGCACCCCCAAAUGCAGUAUUAUCUGCU